AGCACCCACGUCGCCGCAGCUCCCGCCCGCAGCGCGCCCGCCGCGUCCCCGGCUCCCACGCAGCGCGAGCGGCGGCUCCAGAGAAGCCCGGACACCGCACCGAGCGCACGGUGCGCCGGGGCAGAGCUGAGCUGAGCCCGGCCGGGGCCGCAGAGGGGCGGCGUGGGGGAGGACGCCGAGACGCUGCGGCCGCCUGGAGGAGACGAGCUGCGCACCUGGAAAGUUACCCGGCGGCCUGGUUCCUGAGCAACAUGGGAAAUGGUUCGGUGAAACCCAAGCAUGCUAAGCACCCAGAUGGCCAGUCAGGGAACUUCAGCAAUGAAGCCCUGCGGAGCAAGGUGGCAGAGCUGGAGCAGGAGGUCAGGAGGAAGGAUGCGAAACUCCAGGAGCAGGAGUACCACUUCAAAGAGCUUCGGGAGCAGCUGGCCAAGCAGACCGUGGCCAUUGCGGAGCUCACUGAAGAGCUGCAGAACAAGUGCAUCCAGCUGAACAAGCUGCAGGAUGUUAUUCACAUGCAGGGAGGAAGCCCACUGCAGGCCUCUCCCGACAAAGUGCCUCUGGAUGUUCACCGCAAGACCUCAGGCUUGGUCUCUCUCCACAGCAGGAGGGGCGCGAAGGCUGGAGUAUCUGCAGAGCCUACAACCCGAACCUAUGACCUCAACAAACCCCCUGAGUUUUCUUUUGAGAAAGCGAGAGUCAGGAAGGACUCCAGUGAGAAAAAGCUCAUCACUGAUGCCCUGAAUAAGAACCAGUUUCUGAAGAGAUUGGAUCCCCAGCAGAUCAAAGACAUGGUAGAAUGCAUGUAUGGGAGAAACUAUCAACAGGGCAGUUACAUCAUUAAGCAGGGGGAACCUGGCAACCAUAUCUUUGUGCUGGCCGAGGGUAGACUGGAGGUGUUCCAAGGAGAGAAAUUGCUAUCAUCCAUCCCAAUGUGGACCACGUUUGGGGAGCUGGCUAUUUUGUACAAUUGUACACGGACUGCCUCUGUGAAAGCUAUUACCAAUGUUAAAACUUGGGCACUCGAUAGAGAGGUUUUCCAGAACAUUAUGAGGAGAACGGCCCAAGCCCGGGACGAGGAGUACAGAAACUUCCUCAGAAGUGUUUCCUUGUUGAAGAAUUUACCAGAAGACAAACUAACCAAGAUCAUUGACUGCUUGGAAGUGGAAUACUAUGACAAAGGAGAUUACAUCAUCAGAGAAGGGGAAGAAGGGAGCACCUUUUUCAUUUUGGCGAAAGGAAAGGUGAAAGUCACACAGAGCACAGAGGGCCAUGAUCAGCCACAGUUGAUCAAAACCCUGCAGAAAGGAGAGUACUUUGGCGAAAAGGCUCUGAUCAGUGAUGACGUCAGAUCAGCCAAUAUAAUUGCAGAAGAAAAUGAUGUCGCGUGCCUCGUGAUAGAUCGAGAAACAUUCAACCAAACUGUUGGGACAUUUGAUGAACUCCAAAAAUACCUUGAGGGGUAUGUGGCCAACCUGAACCGCGAUGAUGAAAAAAGACAUGCAAAGCGCUCCAUGUCGAGCUGGAAGUUGUCCAAAGCCCUUUCUCUGGAGAUGAUUCAGCUGAAAGAGAAGGUGGCCAGAUUCUCCUCAACCUCCCCAUUCCAGAACCUUGAGAUUAUCGCAACACUGGGCGUUGGUGGGUUCGGAAGAGUGGAGCUUGUUAAAGUUAAAAAUGAGAAUGUGGCUUUUGCCAUGAAGUGUAUAAGGAAGAAGCACAUUGUUGACACUAAACAGCAAGAACAUGUCUACUCAGAAAAGAGGAUCCUGGAGGAGCUGUGUUCUCCCUUCAUCGUGAAAUUGUAUCGUACUUUCAAGGACACUAAAUAUGUAUACAUGCUCCUGGAGGCCUGCUUAGGUGGGGAGCUGUGGAGUAUACUAAGGGACAGAGGCAGCUUUGAUGAACCCACCUCCAAGUUCUGUGUCGCUUGUGUGACAGAAGCAUUUGAUUAUCUGCACCGACUAGGCAUUAUCUACAGAGACCUUAAGCCUGAGAAUUUAAUUUUGGAUGCCGAUGGCUACCUUAAGUUGGUUGACUUUGGGUUCGCUAAGAAGAUCGGUUCUGGGCAGAAAACAUGGACAUUCUGUGGCACUCCAGAGUAUGUGGCUCCCGAGGUCAUUCUUAACAAAGGACACGACUUCAGUGUGGAUUUCUGGUCCCUGGGAAUUCUAGUCUAUGAGCUCCUAACUGGCAACCCUCCCUUUUCUGGGAUAGACCAAAUGAUGACCUACAAUUUGAUUCUCAAAGGAAUCGAGAAAAUGGAUUUUCCCAGAAAGAUAACAAGGCGCCCUGAGGAUUUGAUUCGGAGGCUUUGCAGGCAAAACCCAACAGAAAGGCUGGGUAAUCUGAAGAAUGGGAUCAACGACAUUAAGAAACACAGGUGGUUAAAUGGUUUUAAUUGGGAGGGGCUGAAAGCACGGAGCCUUCCGUCACCUUUACGGAGAGAGCUCAGUGGCCCCAUAGAUCACAGCUACUUUGACAAGUAUCCUCCUGAAAAGGGGGUGCCUCCAGAUGAAAUGUCAGGCUGGGAUAAAGACUUCUGACAGGAGAAAAACACCGCCCUGUACCCCUAAAGAGGACUGUGAGGAUCAGUGACACAGUGCUGAUUGUUUCUCUCUUCAAAGCAUUGUUAGAUCUCCCAGAAGACAGUCAUGAAGAAGAAAACCCUGAUGGACAGGGAAUGGCUGGGUGUGGUUUUGAAUGAGAACAUUUCCUUUAGCUGCUGUGAAUUAUUCCUGUAUUCCAUUCUGUACUUGUCUCAGAUGUCAAAGGUUGUCCCUUUCCAUUUCCAUGGUCCGAUCCAUUUUUGGUUGGCAUAGAAUAGUUUUCUCUAAAAUCUGUUGCUCCCUCCAAAUCAUACCCUCCUGCCUAGAAUCCUAAUAAAAUUAAUAUGGCUUUUAUUCUUGAACAUCUACAUUAUGCAGUUAGAAGGAAGACUUGAGCAACUUCAGAAGAACCUCUCCAGGGCUCAACAGACACCAGGGUGCAACAUCCUCAAUUUGUGGUUUCCAGAUCUUGCAUAGUUAGUGGAAGACCAUGAUUUUCAUUUUCUAUCAAAUUACAAAUACACUAAUAUAUUGUUCUGAUGUUAUCAAGGAAAAAAGGAAACAUUUGGAUAUUAGUGGGUGGUGCCAGUUACUAAAGAAAGCCUCCCUAUCAAAUCAGAUAAUUAUGUCAUUUUUAAUAACUUAGAAAAUUACAGCAAAACACUUCCUUUUCCUUUGGCCAGUUGUGAUACUGCAGAGAUUUAUCAAAAACUUUGUUAAAAAUAGUUUGGAAAUUUCUACUACCAAAGUAGGCAACUCAGUGGAAUAAAUACUAAGGACAUUUCCUUCCCACCAAAGACAAAGUUAAAAUUGCUGACUCUUUCAAACUCUGAGAUAUUUUGUUCAAUCCUAUGAUUACUGCUAUUAGUAACCCCAAAGUAUAGAAAGAUCAUGUGCGAUUUUUAAUGAGAAGCCCAUUGGCAAAUGUUGAGAUUUGUAAUCACUGUAAAGGUAAAAUGGCUUUGCUCGAAGGAGGUAGUUGAGUCAUGUAUAUAAUUAUAACCCAGGCUACUGGGGAUGCGAUGGGAUUUUAGAAGAAAAAUGGACACCCAGAAUCUGGCCUCUUCCUGUUUCCUCUUGGUAGUCUUCCAAACUGGAGGGGUGAGGAGAGUUCCCAGUGCACUGCACACCUGUCCCUGAGGGCUUUCCUGGUGUUCCGAGGUGUUGUACUUCAUCCUUUCCUUCCUACAUGAUGGAAGAUGUCCCUGCAUCUUCUUAAUCUGGAGGAGGAGAAAUGGUAUCCUGAUUCCUGUACCAUUCAAGCUUCUGAUUGUCUUUUCAUAUGAUAUAUUCUAUGUGAAAAUCAAACUGUCCACUCUACAGAUAUAUUUUCAUUCUUUAGAGAAAGCCAGCUGUCUGUCUCCUGAAGACUUAAGCCAGAAAAGCAGAACCCAGAAUAAGAAAGUGCAUCCUUAAGAAAUUAUAUUUACAUACUUAGAGUCCUUUGCUGAACCAAAGAGUUUUGUUCUUGGGGUAGAUUUUUAAAGAUUAUGAAUUGUAUAUAGAAAAGCCAUUUUUAAUAGGAUUAAUAUAACAUGCUUAAAGAAUUUCUAAAGUCUAAAAAUUAUCUUAUUUGCAUUUGAUUUCUAUGUACUAUAUAUAUGCUUUUCCAUGUAUAUAUUUUAUAAUUACCAACAUAUGCAGGUAGAAAACUGAUAUAGUGGAUGGCCAUUAGGACUGUACAGUUAGCAAUGAUUUUCUCAAGAAUGUUUCAUUAUUGUAAUUGAAGAGAAAAAUCCUACAUGUAUAGAGUUAAAACACACCUUAGAGGUUAAUUUCACCUGUGAGUGGCCAUAUUAUAUGUAAUUCCCACACAUGAUCUAAUGUGUCUCCUUUAUGAAGAUGAGGAUAUGUGAGACUGAAUUAUCAUUUAAUCUCAACCUGAUUUCCAGCUCAAUGACCUUAGGAAAAUGAUCUGCCCUUGGCUGCUAGCUUCUCACUUGUAGAACAAAGGCUAGGUUGAAUGGUAUCUACAGGCAGAUUCUUACGGAGUAUCUGUUGGUGCUCCUCGCUGCAUAGAUGGGAGCUACUGUUACUAUCUCUGUUGAAAUUAAAGUGGCCUUAAUAACU